GAAAGCCAACAACCAAAUCAAGUCCAGAGCCAGCAGGGCCGCGAGACCCCGCGGGGCGCGAGAGAGCAGAGGCGCCGCGUCCUCGAGGCGGGAGAUCUCGCCGCGACGCCGUCCCGUCGCCGCCGGGGCCGGAGGAGAAGCGCCUCCACCGCCGCCGACGCAUCUGGUGGUUCCGGCUGCUGGCCAAUGCAGGUGGAGACCGCCGCGAGCUCGCUUAAGAUGUGGAGGUGUUUGAGCUGCAGCUGGGCUGGAGAAAUGUGAUUGGUUUGGGUACUUAGAGAUUGAGACAUACCCGCGAGUUGCUGCUGUAAACCUGUGAUUGUUUUUUCACGGAUUGGGGCACAUGGAGUCGCGGAUGGAUCAGUACGAGAUCAUGGAGCAGAUUGGCCGUGGCGCAUUCGGUGCCGCCAUCCUUGUGAAUCACAAGAUUGAGAAGAAGAAGUAUGUGUUGAAGAAAAUCCGGCUUGCAAGGCAGACAGAGCGUUGUCGCAAGUCUGCCCAUCAAGAGAUGGCUCUGAUUGCUCGACUGCAGCACCCUUACAUUGUUGAAUUCAAGGAGGCUUGGGUUGAGAAGGGCUGCUAUGUCUGCAUCGUCACAGGCUAUUGUGAAGGUGGAGAUGUGGAUGAGUUGAUGAAGAAAUCAAAUGGUACUUACUUUCCUGAGGAGGUAUUGCUGAAAUGGUUCGCUCAGUUGGUAUUGGCUGUUGACUACUUGCACUCGAACUAUGUCUUGCAUCGUGACCUGAAGUGCUCCAACAUAUUUCUCACCAAAGACCAGGACAUACGCCUUGGAGAUUUUGGCCUAGCUAAGACUUUAAAGGAAGAUGAUCUAACUUCAUCGGUCGUUGGAACACCAAAUUACAUGUGCCCAGAGCUGCUAGCCGAUAUUCCCUAUGGAUUCAAGUCAGAUAUAUGGUCUCUUGGAUGUUGUAUGUAUGAGAUGGCAGCUCAUCGACCCGCCUUCAAGGCAUUUGAUAUGGCUGGAUUAAUAAGUAAGAUAAAUCGGUCUUCCAUGGGUCCCUUGCCUGCCUGCUACUCGGUGUCUAUGAAAAUCCUAAUCAAAAGUAUGUUGAGGAAGAGUCCAGAGCAUAGACCUACUGCAUCUGAGAUUAUGAAGAAUUCAUAUCUGCAACCUUAUGUUAAUCAAUACCGUCCUCUAUCUGAUGCCUCGAACCCCAUGCGGAUGCCAGAGAAACCAUUACCCACUUUUCGGGGUAGCCAAAGAAGCAUGUCCGACAGCCAAAGCAGUAGUAUUUCUAGUAGUGACAUAGACAGUAUCCAAUCAAGCGAUAGAAGCACAUCAGGCGGAGCUGCAAGUACUGAUAGAAAGACCACUGAUACUGAUGUUGAUCGAGCUGACUCAGACGAAAAAUGUGCAACACCAGAAGAUCUUAGAGGAAACAAAGAAAUUUCUAGUGGUCAAAUAAAAAGGCAAGAUUCAUCUAAAUCAAUACAUGUCAUUCACCAUCCCAGAACUGAGAGUAAACAACCAAAGAUCAUCGAGCAGAUAAUGACAACCCUUAGAGAGGAGAGCAGGCUUAGAGAAAGCAAUUCUCCAGUCAGAGUUGGUGGUGUAAAGCUGAGUUCAGAUCUCGGCAAUAAUAAGCAAGCAGAGCAACCUUCACCGGUUUCAAGGCCAAAUAGGUACAUGUCAUACGGUUUAAAGUCUGGUGGUAUUUUAUCUCAUGACGGACAAGUGAAUCAAGUUGAAGCAUCACCACCCUUGAAGCAACUGUCACCUAUUGCUGAACUUGGUCCAAAGAUCAAAACAGCUGGCUCAUCAACUCCUGAACCUGCCAAACAGAUCACAGAAAAUGGCACUGUAGCUUCAGAAAAAACUAAGAGCAAGACACCACCUGCUACUACUAGACACCCUAGCCCUCAGAGGCAAGCUGGAGUAGGGACUCCAAGCCUCCCAGUCACAGUGACAAAACGAGUUCAUACCAAGGUCAUGCCAGCGAGUGAGAGAACUACACAACGGCCAUCCCAUGGUCCAGAUAAUGCUCUCAGUGAUCUUCCACGUAAUGUCAUGAUGUCUAGACAUCCUUCAGAAGGACAGCAUAUGAAGCUGGAUGCUUCACAUGAAAAAUCAACAAAUCUUUGGGAAUUUUUCACUGUAGCAGCCAAGGAAGACAGCAGUGCUUGCACAAGUUCUACAUUUGGUUGUACUGAAAAGAUGGGCCACUCUGAACUAUCUGAAUCUAAUUCACCAGUCUGCUUGAUUUCACCAUGUACAGGAUCUGCGCGCAACACUGUCAGAGAAGAGGAUAACUUGAACACCAUACCAUGUUUGGAAAUUAACACCGACAAGAAUAUUGUGACUAGUAAUGGUGGUUUGAGCCUGACCUCUGCUUUGGAGUCAUCCUUUCUGAGUUCUGAACAAGAGUUUGUUUCCAAGGAUGACGUGCAAUCUAGCAAUCAUGGGCAGAGCACAAUCACAUUCCCAAAUGGUGAGGAUAAGUUCACUGUCCAAGAGUGUCUUUCAUCAGCACCAGAAGUCGCUCCUUCUAUUUCAUCGGCACCAGAAGUCACUCCUAUUUCAUCGGCACCAGAAGUUGCUCCUAUUUCAUCGGCAUCAGAAGUUGCUCCUUCUGUUCCAACCACAAAAGGCACACUAUGGGAGGAACCCAAUUCUGUUCAGUCUUGGAAGAAACAUGUAGUUUCUCCUUUAAGCCCUCCAGUAGAUGAUGUGAUACCGACCAUACGACACAACACAUUACUUGUCAACGACGAGCAGCCAAUAUCAGAAAGCGUUCAAAGGGGAGCUCAGAAUAUGGAUGUCAUCCAACAUCUGAACGUGGUAAGAGAAGAUGCCGAUGUAAGGAGCGGCUCAUCAAACACCCUGCCUUCAGGACUUCCUUCAGUCACUGCCAGAUUGGAUGUUUCAGAGGCUAAUACUGCUAGCAAGAUACUAACUGCUUCGGAUGUGGUAAAAUUAUCUACAACCACAUCCGACGCCAGCAAUAGUGUCGAGACGUCCCCUGGUAAGGAAGCACUUGAUGUUACAUCAUUCAGGCAGCGAGCGGAGGCUCUUGAAGGGCUCCUGGAGCUCUCUGCAGAGCUGCUGGAAAACCAUCGGCUGGAGGAACUCGCCAUUGUUCUCAAGCCGUUUGGGAAGGAUAAGGUCUCCCCUCGAGAAACCGCGAUCUGGCUGGCUAGAAGUUUCAAAGGGAUGAUGAAUGACGAAGCAGGUCGCACGUCACUGUGAGCACAAUGUUUGUUUUGUUUUUCUUUUCGAUUCCUUUUCUUCCUUGCUUUUCCCUUGCGCUCUGAGUAACUCGAAGCCGCUUGAUUUGAUAAUAGCAAUGCUCCGAGUUACUCAAGUUGCCUGAUUUGAUAACAGCUUGUGGUCUUCUUUUUUGUUUUUGGGAAGACAGCUUGUGCUCUGGAUCUGUUGCCAGUUUUUGCCUUUUUGAUUGUUCCAUUCUUUCUGGCGUAUGUUGUACAUAGCCAAGAACUGUAAACUGCAAUAAAUCUUGACUCCGGUGUGCUGCAGAAAAUUAUAUGAUAAAGCUAACAGAUGAA